AUGUUCAACCGCAAGUUCUCCAUCAACCGGCACACCGGUGUGCCCAAGCCCAGACGCUUUAGUGUUGGCGAGGCUGGUGCCAACGAGGUCCAGUCCAAGACUCACAGACAAUUCCGCAAUGCCCACGAGGGCCACCAGCCCCACGCUGGUCUCGAUGCCAGCCGUUCCUCCACCGGUGUCGUCUGGUGUACCGAACGCGCCGCCGAGUACGGUUUCCUCGAGGACCCCGAUUCCUGGGCCAACCUGGGUCAGGGUGCCCCCGAAGUCGAGGAUGAUAUCGCCGGUUGCUUCCCCCGUCCCACGACGAUCGACAUCUCCAUGGCCGGUCGCGAGUACGGUCCCACGGCCGGUAUCAAGCCUCUCCGUGAGGCCGUCGCCAACCUCUACAACGUCAUGCAUCGCGAGGGCAAGCAGAGCCAGUACACUUGGGAGAACGUUGCUAUCGUUCCUGGUGGUCGCGCCGGUCUGAUUCGUAUUGCCGCCGUUCUCGGAAACUCAUACCUCUCGUUCUUCUUGCCCGAUUACACAGCUUACAACGAGAUGUUGUCGCUUUUCAAGAACUUCUCUGCCAUUCCCGUCCCUCUGGCCGAGGAAGACGGCUACCACAUCCACCCCGACCGCAUUUCCGAGGAGAUCUCCCGUGGUUCAUCCGUCAUCCUGACCUCCAACCCCCGCAACCCCACCGGCCGCGUUGUUGCCAACCCCGAGUUGGCCGAGAUUCAGGACAUCUGCCGUGGCCGCGCCACUUUCAUCAGCGACGAGUUCUACUCCGGCUACAACUAUACGAGCAACUGUGACGGCAGCACGAUCUCCGCUGCUGAGAACGUGGAGGACGUCGACGAGGACGAUGUCCUCAUCAUUGACGGCUUGACCAAGCGCUUCAGACUCCCCGGCUGGCGUAUCGCUUGGAUUCUUGGCCCCAAGGAGUACAUCAAGGCUAUUGGCUCUUGCGGAAGUUACCUCGACGGUGGCGCCAACCACCCCUUCCAGGAGGCCGCUAUCCCCAUGCUCGACCCUACCCUCGUCAAGGAGGAGAUGGUCUUCCUUCAGAAGCACUUCCGCGACAAGCGUGACUACGUCGUUCGCAGACUGCGCGAGAUGGGCUUCGUCAUCAAAUACGUGCCCGACUCUACCUUCUACCUCUGGCUGAACUUGGAGGGUCUCCCCGACGCCAUCUCUGACGGCCUCAACUUCUUCCAGGCCUGCUUGGAGGAGAAGGUCAUCGUCGUCCCCGGUAUCUUCUUCGACCUGAACCCCUCCAGACGCCGCGACCUGUUUGACAGUCCCUGCCACCACUUCGUCCGCUUCUCGUACGGCCCCAGGAUGGAGACCCUGAAGAACGGUCUCGACGGCAUCGAGCGCGUUGUCAACAAGUAA